AUGACAGAAACUGUAAAACCGUUAAAGAUAUGUACGGCUGAUGAAAAGUUCACUGCCGACGAGAUUCAAAGCAUCAUCAAAGAUACUGUUGAACAGGUGUUGAACAACGAGGAAUAUGCCCAUAGCAAGGUUCCUCAAUGGAACAGCAAUAUCAUCGAUGCAUGUCUAACGAAAUUGAAAGAAGGAAGUAAAAACCAUAAAUACAUCGUAACAUGUAUCAUUCUUCAAAAUAAAGGAGCAGGCUUCUACGCAGGGAGUACGGUUUAUUGGGACAAUCAAAAUGAUGCGAGUGCAAGUUACAGAUUCGAAUCAAAAUCGAUGUUUGCUAUUGUGAACGUGUUCGCGUUGAGCCUACCUUGA